GGCAGAGGAGACUCAGGUGAGCUGUGGAACGCUACGGCGUCAGAAGAGGAUUAGAUCCAGAGGACGCAGGAUCCAAACAGAGCCGGGUCCAAACAGAGCCGGGUCCAAACAGAACCGGGUCCAAACAGAACCUCCUCAGCUCUCCACAGAGAGCCCCGAUGGAGGCUGGCCUCCACCCGGAGCCGCUCCCACUCUGAGCUGCACCUGCGGACGAGGACAUGUACGUCCUGUGCACCCUGGCCGUCCUGACGCUCCACAGCUUGCUCAGGAAGCGGAUCAGCGCCGAGCCGGACAGAACCUCUGAGGCUGCAGGACGGGAGGAACAUCUGGGGGAACAUCUGGAGGAACAUCUGGAGGAUGGCGGCGCCUCGGAGGGCCGAGGAAGGAGAGGUGGUGGUGUGAAGGCUGAAGGGAGGCGAGGUGGUACCGGCAGGGGACGGGUCCAGCCGGUCCAGCGGUCCAGUGCGGCGCUCAACCCGGCGGUCAUGUUUGGAACGAGAAAGACCUGGGACAUCGGUCAAGCCCCGUGCCUGCAGGAGCUCUGGAAGAAGGAUCUCUCAUUGGAUGCGAGCUCAGUGGACUUCCUGAUGAGUGAUGGUGAAGACGAAGGCUCCUUCCUGUCUCUGCCCGCCGCCUCCUUCUCACAGCGCCCCUCUCUGGCCGCUGAGCUGAACAACACUAACUCGUCCCACCACCAGCUGCUCAUCCAGAGAGUCACCUGGUCCUGCUGGUGGACUCCUGUCGAUACUCUGCAGGACAAAGUGUGUGAGUUUCAGGCCCGGUUCUGCUCUGAGGAGAUUUCCCGUCAUCAGCUGUCGCAGCACCAAGGUGUCCAGCAGCAGGCGGGGGGAGGAGCUUGUGCGCUGCAGGAGGAGCAGGUGUUGGCCACGCCCAGAGGUGGGAAGCUGCUGCAGCCCACUCAACACUCGGAUUGUUUCCGCCGUCCUGAAGAAGAGCAGCUGGUUUUUCGGCUGCGCACACAGGUGGAGGAGCUGGAGGAGAAGCUAUUGGAUCAGACCCAGGAGGUGGAGAGACUCCGCUCUGAACUGGGGGCGACGGACCUGGAGAAGCAGCUGCAGCGGCUGCUGGUGGAGAACGAGCGUCUGAAACAGGAGCUGAAGUCAUGCAGGAGCUCAGAGUUUCAGAAGCCCGACGCUGCGGCCGAGAGCUGCAGCCGCUGCCCCCAUACCCAGGAGGUGGAGGCCCUGCGGAGGGAGGCGACCCGCUGGGAGGGCCAGGCCCGGCAGAGGGUGCAGCGGCUGGCUGAGCUGGAGCAGGAGCUGCAGGAGAAGAACUGCAGGGUGGAGGCUCUGCAGCAGCAGCUGGACGGCAGCAGGAGACAGCUGGAAGAGUCCAGCAGGAGACGGACCGACGGCGAGCACCACCUCCACCUCCGUCUGCAGGAGUGUGAGGAAGAGCUGGCCAGGCGGGCAGCAACGCCCCCUAGAGUCAAGUUUGUGACCCAGACGGUGGAGGUGGAGUCGGCGGACUCGCAGAAAGCUCUGGUGGAGAUGCAGGUGAAGAACGGCGCCCUGCAGGAGCAGCUGUCUGUGCAGAGGCAGCUGCUGCGGGAGCUGGAGACGCAGCUGCACGACUCGCAGCGCACCUGCACUCAGCUCCGGACACAGAUCCACGUCUAUGAGGGGGAGAUGCAGCGAGCUCAGGGUCAGCUGGAGGCUGAAAUGCAGAACCUAGAGGAGGAGAAGAACCGCGUGAUCGAGGAGGCCUUCAUCAGAGCCGAGAGCGAGAUGAAAGCUGUGCAUGAGAAUCUGGCAGGUGUGAGGAUGAACCUGCUGAGCCUUCAGCCAGCUCUCAGGACGCUGACCUCAGAUUAUAACUGCCUGAAGAAGCAGGUUCAGGACUUCCCCUCCAUGCUGGAGAAGGCCAUCUGCGAGGCCAAGCAAGAGAUCUGCCAGGUGAUCAGCGACGUGAGCAGCACCAACCAGGAGCUGCUGCGCAAAUACAAGCGAGAGAUGAACCUGAGGAAGAAGUGCCACAACGAGCUGGUCCGACUCAAAGGUAACAUCCGGGUCUUCUGCCGGGUCCGACCCGUCAGUCAGGAGGAGCAGGACUCCACCGACGCCAGAACCAUGCUGAGCUUCGACUCUGACGACGACGCCAUCCUGUACCUGUCCAACAGGGGGAAGAUCAUGACGUUUGAGCUGGACAAAGUCUUCCCGCCUCCGGCCUCGCAGGAGGAGGUGUUCCAGGAAGUCCAGGCUCUGGUCACUUCCUGCAUCGACGGCUUUAACGUCUGCAUCUUCGCCUACGGACAGACGGGCUCUGGGAAAACCUACACCAUGGAGGGCGUGGCCGAGGAUCCCGGCAUCAACCAGCGGGCGCUGCGCCUGCUGUUCUCCGAGGUGACGGAGAAAGCUCCAGACUGGGACUACAGGAUCAUCGUCAGCAUGGUGGAGAUCUACAACGAGACGCUGCGCGAUCUGCUCAGAGAGAAUCCCACAGACAAGCUGGACAUCAAGAUGAACCCCGAUGGCAGCGGCCAGCUCUACGUCCCCGGACUGACCGAGAUCGUGGUCCGGAGCCCCGAGGACAUCAACAGGGUGUUUGAGCUGGGCCACGUGAACAGAGCGACGGCCUGCACCAACCUCAACGAGCACAGCUCGCGCUCCCACGCGCUUCUCAUCAUCACCGUGUCGGGAUUCAACAGUACGACCGGAACCAGAACACAAGGGAAGCUGAACCUGGUGGACCUGGCGGGAUCGGAGCGGAUCGGGAAGUCCGGAGCGGAGGGCAGUCGGCUCCGAGAGGCUCAGUGCAUCAACAAGUCUCUGUCGGCGCUGGGCGACGUGAUCAGCGCGCUGCGCGGCCGACACGCCCACGUCCCCUUCAGGAACUCACGGCUCACCUACCUGCUGCAGGACUCUCUGAGCGGAGACAGCAAGACCCUGAUGAUGGUCCAGGUGUCUCCGUUGCCCGGCAACAUGAGCGAGUCGGUGUGCUCGCUGAAGUUCGCCCAGCGCGUCCGCAGCGUGGAGCUCAGCGCGUCCUCCUCGUCCAAGAGACCCGAGAACUCGUCCACCUCGUCCUCGCCCACGCACGACAGCGUAGAGCUGGACUCCCCCCCCGUGACGCCGGGUCCCCUCCCCAUCUCCAGGGCCAGCAGCGCCGGCUCCACGCUGUCCUCCGCCUCCAGGACCCCCAGCAGCUCCCGCAGGAGGUCCCAGUCCCAGCUGGCUGCAGGUCGGAGCUGUCCCAGAGACGGAGCGCCGCCGCUGUCGGUCUGUCCCUCUUCCUCUGUGUCCUCAUUCUGUGCUCUGAUUGGUUGGUUUCCAGACAGACAGGUAGACAGAGCCGGCCCGUUGGUGGGGGACGGUGGGCAGGACGACUGAAGCUGACGGCCUGAGACGUCCGGGGAGACGGCGGGUGUUGGGCAGCACCGGAGCUCCUCUCUGCCAGGAUGCCUCGCAUGGAAUAAACAUUUCUUCUGUUGGACUGUCCAGAACCGGGUCAGAGUCGAAACCCUGAUGAACUCCUGAAGCGAUGCGGUUCUGGAGAACCCACUCCCAGUAUUCCUCCUCUUUCUGUGACGUUGCACUUUAAUCUGAUGCCGCUUUCUGAGCAACAGCGCCCCCAGUGGCUGCUGGCGGAAGCGGCGCUUGGUUGGAAAUGGUUUUAUUUGGGGAUUUUAGUUGAAUUUUGGAGAAUCCGUUACCGGAUCAUCUGGAAAGGUUCAGAUCAAAGGUUGAAUCUUAUGCUGGGUUUAGAUUCUGGUCGUGUUCUGUUGGACCUGCCUAAGGAAACCUCUGAAGACGCUCCCUGUCUGCAGCUGUGUCCAGCCAGGGUUCUGAUAUUGGUCCAAUGGGUCGAUGCCAGGAGGUAAUUUAAUGCUUGUAUGUCCUGCAGAGCGGAGGUUCUGCUCAGCUGCAGGCAACAGAACCUCCCGUUUGUCUUUUUUUCUAAAUGUUUUUAUUAAACUCUCCUCAAUCGAG